AGAAACGUUACUUCCGCGCGAGGAAGACGAAGAGGAAAUAGCUCCUAUGGACAACAUCAACAUGGACGUUGAAGUUGUGAAAGAUGAUAAGCGACCAGCGGCGGAUGUGUCGAGUCCGACUCCGGUACUUAAUGAUGCGGGUAGUUCGAAGGAGAAUGCAGCUGGUACUGCUACUGCACUUGUUCAUCCGGGCGAAGCAGAUCGGGAGCUGCUUUUGAAGCUGCUGCAGGUACUUACUGUUUUCGUGUGGGUUUCAUCUGCGUCUUCAUGAAUGUGGCAGUGUCGUUUGGUGGAGUAGCAAGGCGAAAAUUAAAAUUUCAAUUUGCAUUUCUUUAGUAGCAAUCUUUUACGCGGUGUCACUCUAUUAACUAUGUUGACGGUUUAUUGUUGCGAAAACAACAUCAUGGCCAUGGCCAAGGCUAUUUCACCCAUAGACACACAAUAAAACCACACACAAAAAAGGUCCACGAAGCCCGCGCGGACGGGUUUGAGCAGAGUUUGGGGGAAAUUUUGAAGACGCUUCAGGAGUUGAAAGUCGUGAAGAACGCCGUUAUUUCAACUGUUGGUGUUGGCGAAGUUUCGGAUGCUAGUACAUCUCCGAUACGCCUAGAGCCAUCAAGUGUGGAGGUGUUGAACCACGACAAUCA